AUGGAGCCUGUACUUAUCGUUGGCGCCGGCAUUGUGGGCUUGACACUCGGCCAAGCGUUGAAGCAAAAGAACAUCCCUUUUGAGAUCUUCGAGCGCGAUGCAACUCCUGAAGCCCGGGGCCAGGGUUGGGCUAUCACCCUACACUGGGCGCUGGAAUACAUGUUCAAGAUGCUCCCUGAAGAAACAUUAUCACGAAUCCAGGACGUCCAGGUCGAUCCAGACGUAGCAAGGCACGACAGUGGUAAUUUUCUGUUCAUCAAUCUCGAGACUGGAGAGCCGAAAUACAAGAUCCCGCCCAAUCGCCGGUGGCGUGUGAACCGCGAAAGGAUGCGUCGUGCUUUGCUUCAUGGGAUCGAAGAGCAUGUCCAUUGGGGACAUCGUGUCGUGGGGCUUGAUCUCCCAGAAGGAGAGAAUAAAGCCCGACUUCUUUUCGAGGAUGGGGAUGCUGUUUCGGGAAGACUUGUGGUCGGGGUUGAAGGUAGUCGAUCUAUGGUGCGACAGAUUCUUCGACCGGACUCUUUCAACAAUGUGCCCCUGGGUAUCAAUUUCACUGGAGUAGCUGUGGAUCUUACCCCGGAAGAGAUUCAGCCUCUGCGAGAUAUGGAUCCAUUGUUGUUUCAGGGAUGUCAUCCUCAAACAGGUGUGUUCUUCUGGUUCUCCAUGCUGGAAACACCACACGUGAACGGCACAGCAAACACUGCAGCUGAGCGGUAUCGUGCACAGAUCUGCAUGUCUUGGCCGGAAGAAGGGCCAGACGAUAAGGUUUCGUCUACCGACGAGGGCCGUUUGAUGAAUAUGAAAGAACGAGCAUGCGGAUUCGCACCAUUCUUGGAGCAUGCGGUGAAUCGGAUACCCGAUGGAACACCAGUGACAGAGAUCAAGCUUGCCGAUUGGGAAUGUCUCGACUGGAACAACCAUGACGGGCGGGUGACGCUCGCUGGUGAUGCUGCGCAUGCCAUGACAAUGUAUCGGGGAGAGGCGGCUAACCAUGGGAUACUGGACGCGUUUCGUCUUGCUGGGGCUAUUGAUCGGAUAUACCAUCACUCAGUCGGCGCUACUGUUGCAUUUGCAGGAUACGAGUUGGAAAUGCGCGAGCGGACGCGACGCGCAGUUCAACUAAGUCGCCAGGCAUGUCGUGAUGCGCAUAAUUGGGCAAGCCUGGAUGGGAACUCCGCUAUUCUGACCAAACGAGCCAUAAUCGCAAGCUGA